AUAUGUGCGUUCGAUUUUUACCGAACCAAACUGAGAUUUUACUCAAAACCGAAUAAAAGAAAUUUAUAAAGAUCUAAACAUUUUCAAACCGAACUGAACAGAAUCACUCCGAAAAUGUUCACAUCAAUCCUUAUCAUAGAUUUUACCAUUUCAUAGGAGCCCAUAACCUUAUAAGACAGGAUAAUAUUAUUUAUGAUACAAGUAUGGGCCAUUUUCCUACUUAUUAUCCUACCAUUUUAACCGAUUGAAAGAAAAACCAAACAGCUUAGAGCAUUCAAUAUCCAUGGCUGCCAUUUCCAUUUCUGCCUCAUUGCAGAGAGCUUGCAGUUCCCAUCAUGUCACCACCAAUAAACAGCAGUCUCAAUCCAGACCCGCACGCUCUCUCGGGUCGAAACAGGCGACUCAUGUUGUUACUCUAAAUGUUGAUGAAAGUCCAAAAAGUUUAAGCAUACCAGAAGAACACCACAAGUCUGUUUCUCAAUCUGAUGGUCUGAAGAAUGCUGACAGUAAAUCGAACGGUUCUGAAACAGAAUUCUCUGGUCCGAAAUUUGUUGAUGAGCGGUGGAAGAAGGGUACUUGGGAUCUGAAUAUGUUUGUUAAGGAUGGUCAGAUGGAUUGGGAUGGUCUAAUUCUAGCAGAAGCAAAGAGAAGAAAAUUUCUUGAAAUGUACCCGGAAAUAUCCACUAAUGAAGAACCUGUGCUGUUCAGGAGCUCUAUUAUUCCUUGGUGGGCAUGGCUGAAAAGGUCAUAUCUGCCUGAAGCAGAACUCAUAAAUGGUAGAGCUGCAAUGGUGGGAUUCUUGAUGUCAUACGUGGUGGACGGAUUAACAGGGCUUGACAUGGUUGGCCAAGCUGGCAACUUUAUUUGCAAAGCAGGACUUUUUGUUACAGUUAUUAGCAUAAUGGUCCUCAGACGAACUGAAGAUUUUAACAACCUCAAGAACUUGGCCGAUGAAGCUACAUUGUAUGAUAAUCAAUGGCGGUCGUCUUGGAAAGAUAGUACCAGUGGUUCAGAUAAAACUGGAAUCUGAAAAUUAAUCUUUAUUUUUUUGCAUGUAUGUUCUAAUUUCCAUAAUUAAAUAAAAAUUGUAAAAGGAUAACGAAAAAUAAAUAUAUUUACAAAUCUAUAUGCAUUUCAAGUGUAA